AUGGCGAACGUGCAGCUGGAAUUCCAAGCCAGUGCCGGCGAGGCGGACCCGCAGAGCCGCCCGCUGCUCGUCCUGGGCCAGCUCCACAACCUCCACCGCUUGCCUUGGGCCCAGCUGCGGGGCAAGCUACAGCCGCGGGUCACUGAGGAGAUCUGGCAAUCUGCUCUAAGCACACUGAAUCCAAACCCCACCGACAGCUGUCCUCUCUACCUGAAUUACGCUACUGUGGCCGCUUUGCCUUCCAGGGUCAGCCGGCACAAUAGCCCAUCUGCAGCCCAGUUCAUCACCCGCCUGGUUAGGAAUUGCCUCCCAGGAGGUGUCAACAGAUGUAUUGUUAUGGUCUGUGAGCGGUCUGAAGUCUUUGCUUCUGCUUGUGCAUUGGCCAGGGCUUUCCCCUUGUUCACGCAUCGGUCCAGCGCAUCGAGACGCACAGAGAAGAAAACUGUAACGGUUGAGUUUUUCCUGGUUGGACAAAACAAUGGGCCAAUAGAAGUGGCAACACUUAAAUGUCUGGCAAGUGCUGCAGAAGGAGUCAGGCUGGCUGCUCGAAUUGUGGACACUCCAUGCAAUGAGAUGAACACAGAUAACUUCCUGGAGGAAAUCAAAAAAGUUGGCAAGGAUCUUGGGAUUACUCCUACCAUUAUUCGAGAUGAGGAGCUGAAAGAGAGAGGCUUUGGAGGUAUCUAUGGAGUUGGCAAGGCAGCUUUGCAUCCUCCAGCCCUAGCAGUUCUUAGUCACACUCCAGAUGGUGCUACACAGACCAUUGCAUGGGUGGGCAAAGGUAUUGUGUAUGAUACUGGAGGACUCAGCAUUAAGGGUAAGACUACUAUGCCUGGAAUGAAACGAGACUGUGGUGGAGCAGCUGCUAUUUUGGGUGCCUUCAAAGCCACUGUGAAGCAAGGGUUUAAAGACAAUCUUCAUGCUGUUUUUUGUUUGGCUGAGAAUGCAGUCGGGCCACGUGCAACAAGACCUGAUGAUAUUCAUGUCCUUUACUCUGGAAAAACUGUGGAGAUCAAUAACACUGAUGCAGAAGGUAGACUGAUACUGGCUGAUGGAGUAGCUUAUGCAUGCAAAGAUCUUGGAGCUGAUAUAAUUCUUGAUAUGGCCACUCUUACUGGAGCUCAGGGAAUUGCUACAGGAAAGUAUCAUGCUGCUGUCCUCACCAAUAAUGAAGAGUGGGAAAAGGCUUGUGUUAAAGCUGGCAGGAAUUGUGGAGACUUGGUCCAUCCUCUUGUGUAUUGCCCUGAACUUCACUUCAGUGAAUUUACCUCUGCUGUAGCCGAUAUGAAGAACUCGGUGGCAGACCGAGACAAUACUCCAAGCUCCUGUGCUGGGCUCUUUAUUGCUUCUCACAUUGGCUUUGACUGGCCUGGAGUCUGGGUUCAUAUAGACAUCGCUGCUCCUGUUCACGCAGGUGAACGAGCUACUGGCUAUGGUGUGGCUUUGUUGCUGUCCCUGUUUGGAGGGGCAUCUGAAGACCCUUUGCUAAACCUGGUGUCCCCUCUUGGGUGCAAUGGAGACUCUCCCACUGAAGAUAUGGAGAGAGAUUCCAAACGUCGACGGCUGGUUUAACGUGCCCUGAGUGACAGGGUGCAUGGGUUACCUCACUUUGCACUGAAUCAUUCUCAA